AGGAUUCUGAAUCUUCUGAACACCCUGCCCGCCCCAAGCCCCCGCUCGCUCUUACCGAAACCCAAGGUUCCCACUCGUCCCUGGCCUCAAUCGGUGUCCCACAGGGCCCCUCCAGCCCCUUUUCCUGGGAUUGCUACUUGCCCCAUUUUCUUGAUGCCUCAAUUUCCCCAGGAUUAAAACUGGGUUAGUAGCAGGCUGGCCCACAGAGAGAGAGUCCUGAUUCUCAGUUCAAUAAUCCCAUUACAUACAGGCACUGAGAUGUCGCCACCACUGAGGUGGGGUGUGGGGGCUGCUUAUACAAAGAUCCCUGUCCAGUGCUGCCACCUCUGGGGCAGGGCUUGAGCGAGACUAGCAGCUUGUGGCUCUCGUGUGGGACACUCUUUUGCUCUAAUAGUUUCUCUCUCCCACCCAGGCGGUCCCUCCCAGGGGUUGCCAUGAGUGUGCGGAGUGGGGAGAGCUGGACCCAGCUUAUAACAACCUUCCGAGCAGGCCCCACAGCCUUCCUUCUGGCCCGUGGGAGUGAUGAUACCUUCCUGGCUGAGCUGCUGCAGGACCUGAGCAGCGAGAGGAUCAGUGAGCAAACCAAGGUCUCCAUGCUGACCCUUCUGCUGGAGUUCCCCACCCUGCUGUGCCCAGACCCCGAGGUGGGCGAGCAGGUGGCUGGCUCUCUCCUGGCUAACUUUGCCCAGCUACCCCACUCACCCAAGCUGUCCUGGCUGCGGCGCCACCUGCUGGUGGUGGUGGGGACUGUGCUGAUCUCCACUGAGGCCUUUGGGGAGGGCUCCCAGGCCUCCCGUGACUACCUCUCUCUGCUGCUACACCUGGCCUCGGACCUCAACGACCAGCGGCAGGGGCUGGGUGACCGCGGGGUGCGGGCGGCCGCCUGCGAGAGUCUGAGGGAGCUGGAGUGCUGCUACCCCGGCCUGUUCUCCCGGCGGUUGGACUCGCUGCGCUCCAUGCAGCAGCAGGAGCUCACGCCUGUCCACCAGGGCUAUACGCUGCUAUACAGCCUGGCCCUGCGCAAUGCCGUGCUGCUGCUGGCCCGCCGGGGCGAGGGGGCUCUCAGUGAAUUGCUGGCUGGCAACGAGGGGCUGGCUUGGGAGGCGGUGGGGAAUGCCGGGGCAGUCUCUCCAGCCUCCAUUGACCGCCUGCUGCUGCUGCCCACCCCGGCCGAGACCAAGGAGCUGAAGUCGGUGCUGUCCCAGCUGCUGGAUGGCUCCUAUCUGCUGACACCACCUGCCCAGAGCCAGCUUCUGUGGCAUCUGGCCCAGGUGUUGUGCGUGAUCCGCACCCAGUCACCUGCCAUCUUCAAGGCGCAGCUGGUGCGGUUGUUUGGCACAGCCCACGUGGCGCUGCUGCACGCCAGCCUGCAGCUCAAAGGGCUUUUCACCGACAGCCUCUUCACGGCCGAGGACGAGGCCUUCCUCCUGCGCCGCCUGGUGGGCAUGGCCCAGCAUCCCUCACUGCCCUCGCCCCUCAAACUCUUCUACCUCGACUGCCUGCUGCACUUCCCCGAGAACCGCCCGCUGGGCUCUGGCUCUGAGGAGGGGCUGCCCGUCCUGCUCACACCCCGCCUGGCCUCCUGCCUCUUCCCCUCCCUCUUCAACGACCAAGGCACCAUGCUGGCACGCCUCAACCUGCUGAGUCUGGUGUGCCUGGAAAACCAGGGCCCCGAGGCUGAGCGGGGAGUUGGGUAUAUCUUUGAGCAUGUCCUGGCACUGGCAGACACUGUGGCAGGCAAAGGUGGGUGUGAGGCCACUGGGCUCUUCUUCCGAGCCGCCUACCUCUUUGCCCGCUACUUUGGCUCAAGGCUGCAGCUUAUGGCAGAGCUGACGAGCACCCUGGUGGGGCUGUAUCGCCAGCGCUGCUCCCUGGCCCCCAACCUCAUAAACCUGCUCAAUGAGACCCAGGCGGUGCUGGAUGACCCAGCCUGGCCCACAUCCUUGAGCAAGGCCCUGCAGGAGCUGACUGUGGGCAUGCCGCUGCUGCCACCCUGGGAGCAGGAGCUGGGCUGGCACCUCAAGCUAUUGGCCAGGGUGGCAAAGGAGAGUGGGGUCCCGCAGGGCAGCACACUUGGGUUCCUGCAGCGCCUGGUGCGGCUGGCAGGUGCUGGACAGCUGGGAGAUUGGCACAUUGGCCAGGCUUUGCUGAGCGUCUGCCGCAACCUGCUGCAGCACCAGCCUCCACCUGCCAUAGGGUGCCAGCUGGCUGAGCUGCUCCAAGACGUCUCACUGAGCUACCCGGAUGUGGAUGUGCAGGAUCGGGCUCGCUUCUACUACACACUCCUGUCAUGCCUGUCCGGGGACAAGCUGGGGGCAGUGCUGGCACCUGGGGGGCGCCUCAAAGCCCGGACUCUCUCCUCCUCCAUCAUGGCAGAUAGCGAGAACUUCGCUGCUGCACUAACCGUGCACCCAGCCCCACAACCCCUGCUGCAGCUGCAGCGCGAGGCCCCAGCCAAGCCCACCCUGGUACCAGUGCCAGCCUUCCAGCCGUGCCCUGCUGAUGCUCAGGAGGUGAAGGACUGCUGCCGACAGCUCCUGGAGCUGCAUUCUCCAGCCCGGCUCAGCCUGACGUACCGGCUGCUCCACACAGGGUCCUCACCUGAGCGACUCUUCUGCCUCCUGCUGCGCUUCGAGCGCUCUGACAACUUCUAUGAGCCAGUGCCUGACGUGUGCGUGCCCUGCCUCUCCACCACCCGCCCAUCACCCGUCCUCACACUCCACCUGCAGCCCCGCUGCCCCUACCCCACCGAGCUGGCAGUGAGCGCUUUGUACACCACGCAAACCGGCCUCACCUAUUGCAGCCAGCUAGAACCACUGCAGGUGGCCUUUCCGGACAUCUUCCUGCCUCUGGCACUGCCUGUGAAUUGGGACUGUGAGAGCCGGCGCCACCUCUUUGACACCCUCUGGUCCUCCCUGUGCCCAGGUGGGUCAGGUGACUGCGCUGAGAGCCUCUUUUGCUGGCCCACCACCCAACAGCCCCUAGGUGUCCUGGUGCAGGCUCACUUUGCCAGCUACCUAGUGGCAGAGGAGCCAGGCACCUACAGGAUUGCCAUAGCCCUGCCACCCCACUACCAUGUGCUGCUGCAGGCACAGGGGACCCAGGGGGCAGCGCGUGUCACCAUUCGCACUGACAACUGGAAGGUGCUCCCCCACCUGAGUGCCUAUCUGCGGAAGGUGGUGGAGUGACAAAGCCUCAAAUAGGGAUUGAGAGGUAUCUGUGAGUUGGGCACCCCCCAGGAAGGGGGAUCUGUGAGUGGGAGUAAAGGGGACAUGUCUCCAGCCACCUGGGGGGGAUUUGAGAGUGGACAUAGCGGGACACAUCUCCAGUCCCCCGAGGGGCCAAUCUCUGAGUGGGGCUGGGAGCCUGAAAUGUAAAUUUCUGAAGCUCUGUACAAAUGCCUUUUGC